AUGGAGACGGAGAAGAGAAUGAUGACGGACUAUCACUGGUACAUGUGCGCAUAUCCAAGCGAACAGUGGCCAAUUGAGACGGACGACUCCACGCACUUCCAAAAGUCCCCACUCAUGCCAGGCACUGGUUCAGAGGGUUUAGUGGCCCAAACGCGUGCAAGACGAAGUAGUGGGUUCAAACUCCCGAUUAAAGAACGACUACCCCAAUUAGCUCUCCCUACAGACCUUCCUCUCCAGAUCCUUCUCGUCGUUCUCUCAGAGAGUUCUAGAGCUCUAAUGGCUUUUUGCGCACAGGGUUGUAUGAGGCCCGCAUUUAAAAACAUUCCUGUAUCCCAGGCUACGAUCAAUUCUAGCGUUCAUUCGCUGAAGGAUCUGGUCACAGGGGAGAGAAGCAGAGAUGGAGGCACGAUCAGCGCUCUAUGGCUCUACGGCUCAAUGGCUCUGUCCCACGCCCAUAAGACCGCCAAGUGGAGCCUCGAAAUCUUCAGACGAUUCGAAACUGGACUAGCAGGCAGUCAGUAA